AUGACCACUAAGGCGGAUUUCCCUCGACAGCGUUUGACGUGGAAUGUACAAAUGAAUGAAGAUGUCAUGCGCUAUUACUAUAAAGCAACCAGAUUGGAAGAACAUCUGAUAGGACAUAAGGCCGAGAUGUAUCGACUAUUUGUUCUGAAAUAUCCGGAACUCCGUGAAAGAGUGACAGAACAAAGAGUCAUGGACCAGACACAUCAGAUUCUAUGUACCUGCAAGAUUGUGACGGAAAGGCUGGAGCAACUCAAAGCAAAAGUUGCUAAAGAGCUUUAUCCUGGUCGCGAUGUAUCUGAAAAUAUUAGUGUCCAAGAGGCUACCGUAGAUGCUUCAUCAGAAAUUAUUCCGGAUUCACUUACUGAACUAAGCACCGCACCUUACGAAGAACGAAGGGAAAAAAUGGUAGAGAAUGAAACCUUAGGAAUCCUUAAAGAAGAAUUUGAAAAAGCCUUAAUUGCGUUUUUGGGUACUAACCCCUUAUUACGACCUACCAUUGGGCGCCAAAUUAAUUCAAAAAAGUUGGCAGUCGCGGUCAAUUUGAUGAACACUAUCAUAAUUCCUGAACAUCUAGCGCAAGUUGAAAAUACAUUUGACGCAAUUCAUACGACCACCUAUGCGGCAGGUGUAGCGAUAGUCCGAUCAAUUGGCGGGAAAAUUGGUGAUUCUACAGUGCGGGUUUCUACUCAAAGGAAAACCCCUGCUUGGGAGCGCCGUCUUACCCAUGAAGUAGACACACUUCGUCGCCAAUUAGGCCGCCUAACGCAGUAUAUGCGUGGCAAUAGAACUAAAAAAGUUGUAGCCACAUAUUAUGAGCUUCAGAAGGAUAUAUCUAAGCACACGAAAUACUCUGCAAAGAGCUUACCAGAUCGUCCAAAUUGUAUUCACAAGAAGACAUAUGAAUGUAAUUCAUUAACAAUGAGUGAUUUGAUCGAUUUUCAUACAUGUUUUUACAAACAUAGGGAUAAACGUUCGCAAGAUGCAUUUAUUCUUAAACACAUGACAAUAUCAAAAGUGGCAAGGUAA